AUGGUUGUAGACGAACUCCUUUUCACACUGAACAGCCAAGGCUUUAAUACGCAAGGCUACGCAGAUGAUCUGGUAAUCUGCAUAACAGGGCUUCAUGACGAAACUAUCACCAACCGCAUGCAACAAGCCCUACGUAUCACACACAAAUGGUGUGAGGAUAAAGGCCUAACCAUCAAUCCUACAAAGACUAUUAUUGUUCCAUUCACUCGAAGGAGGAAAUUAUCUACUACUAAACUUACUUUGAGCGGCACAGAAAUAGAAUUUUCCAGUGAAGCUAAAUAUCUGGGAGUAACUCUUGAUAAAACACUUAACUGGAAUGCACAUUUGGACACUGUUAUCAACAAGGCGAUGAAGGCCUUCUUUGCCUGUUCACGACUUUUUGGUAAAACAUGGGGCCUUACCCCCAAAAUGACCUACUGGUCAUUCAACACUGUCGUUAAGCCAAUAGUAACCUAUGCUUCCUUAGCAUGGUGGACUAAGGCUACACAAAGAGGUGCAAGCACUAAGCUAAGUAAAUUGCACAGAAUAGUCUGCAUUGGCAUAACAGGAGCUAUGAAGACCUGCCCGGCCGAUGCACUCAGCGCCCUGGUUGGAAUACCUCCCUUUCCUAUUUUAAUAGAAAGUGAGGCUACCACAACGGCACUGAGAAUCCUGAACACCUCCGACCUGAAAAUCGGAGAUAUGUCGGGUCACAUGAAGGUCCUAAUGAAAUUCGCUAAUGACCCCAUACUACAAAUGCGCGAUGCAAUGGUUCCAAAACUAGAAAUCUCUAGGAAAUUUGAGGUACACAUUGCAGAUCGAGCUCUCUGGAAUACAGGGAACCCAUACACCAAACCCAAUGGGGAGGUUUGGUAUACUGAUGGAUCUAAGCUUGAAAAUGGUAGAACGGGGGCUGGCAUUUUUGGGCCGAACUUUAAAAAAAUGAUACCAAUGGGUAGCUACCCCACCAUCUUUCAGGCGGAGAUUCAUGCAAUAGAAAUUUGUGGCAGAGAAUGUCUCAGAAGGGGAACGUCAUCGAAAUAUAUCUGCAUUAUGUCGGACAGUCAGGCAGCCCUACUGGCCCUGAAGUCCCACAAAAUAAGUUCUCAGCUAGUACAUGAUUGCCGCAAUGUCCUAAAUGCUCUUGGUGACAAGAAUACAGUCUUAUUAGGAUGGGUACCAGGGCAUGAGGGACAUGAUGGCAAUGAGGAGGCUGACUGCCUAGCGAAACAGGGAGCUGCCGCAGUAUUUUAUGGUCCGGAACCCUUUUGUGGGCUCACCAAAGCACAUAUAAAGGGGACCAUGAAUAACUGGGUGCAUCAUGAUCCCUGUAAGACCAAAAACGGUGCCAAUGAAUCUGUGUGGUUUAAAAAAGUCGAACCUACUGUUAAAUGCGAAAGUGGUGAUAGAGUCGAAAUCACGAAAAAUCCGGGUACACCGGGAUUAGAAUUUUUGCAUCCCAAAAUGCCGGGAUUGUUAAAUGCUUCGGAUUGA